GCCAGUUACACAGUCAGUAUGCCACUGGAACGCGUAACGUGAGGGUGUACUAUAAUAACGCUAACGGUCGGGGUAACUUGUGUUUCGGAUCCCCGUCUGGAUUCUGGAAGUUGUUCCUGGAACUGACGUCUUCGAAGGUAUAAAGAUGACUAUCAACGGUUUUAAAUGGGUCCAUCGAUUCUGGAAAGAUCUGAUCAACACGCGGUUCAUACCUGUCAAGGUCCUGUUCUUCAUCAUCUAUGGAGCAUCAAUGGCCAUGUUCCCAUUCCUGACCCUGCAGGCGAGGUCGCUGGGAAUCAACGAGCAGGAGCUGGGAAUCGUCUACGGCGCCAUCCCGGUCAUCGCCAUCCUGGGGCCUCCUCUGACCGGAAUAGUGGCGGACAAGAUUGGCAAUUUCAAAUACUUCCUGAGCCUCACGAUGGCCGCCAGCGGCUUCGCCUCGCUGAUCUUCCCGGCCGUGCCCAUGGCGCGCAGGAUCGUCGACCUCCCGGAGGACCUGCCCAUGAGGUUGACCUGCGGCGCGGCGCUCUCCCUGGAACCCGUCCUUAAAUUGGAAUAUCCUCACAGGUGCGACUACCUGGAGAACGUGACCUCCGUCGACCUUACCCUUGGGAACUGCACGCUCUGCGGGACACAGAGGUCCCUAUCCAUUGUGGCGGAAGAGGAACAAUCUCUGUGCCUGGAGGAAGGAGCCGGUUCGUCAGGCUGCAUUUUGAACCAGUACCUGACCAACGUCUCCAGGCAGAUAUCGGCGAAGCUCGUGGGAGACGUGGAGAGGAAUUCCAGGAGCCUCCGCGUCCAGGACUGGAAGUGUCCCCAGGUGUCUCUGGAGUCCAUAGACCUGGCAGCAGCAGACGCCGUAUCCUACGAAACCGCGAAAUCAGACUUGCAGCAGUACAACGGGGCUGCAAAUUGUACCUUGCAGUGCCAAGCCACAAUGCCCAGAGAUGCCCUCUGCUCGAAUAAGGUCACGGAAGAGAACAUCAACCCGAUGCUGACCUUCUGGUGUUACAUGUUGGUACGCGUUCUCAACGCAAUGACCCUAGCCACCAGCUUCACGCUCUUCGAUGGAGCGGCCAUCGCAGUGGUGCGGGAACACAAGGGAGACUAUGGAUUGCAGAGGCUCUACGGAAACCUUGGAGGGAUAGUCCUGACUCCAAUUUCAGGUCAGCUCAUCGACCACUUCUCCAGCGUCAACAAUUUCCAGGAUUACAGACCUGCCUUCUACGUCUACUGCUGCCUGAAGGAGCUGGCAGCCAUCAUAAUCCUCUUUGUGGACCUGGAUUUCCGCCAGCCCUCCAACAAGGUGAUCAAGGACUUCCGGAUGCUGAUCAAGAAGCCUGAGAUCGUCUCUUUCCUGACUGUGAUGUUGAUCACCGGUACCUGCUUCGGGCUCUUGGACACCUUCCUCUUCUGGCUCCUGCAGGACCUAGGGGCCACCAAGUUCCUCAUGGGCAUAACGGUCACGGUCGGGAACCUUGCCGGCAUACCGGUGCUUAUAGCCUCCGGUUACAUCUUCAAGAAGUUGGGCCUAGCUAACACCAUCGCCUUCGGCAUGGUCGUGUAUUUCGUGAGAAUGAUAGGAUACUCGUUCCUGACGAACCCUUGGUGGUGCAUGCCCUUCGAGAUGCUCGAGUGCUUCACCGUCUCCCUCCUCAGCGCUGCCGCCGUGUCCUACGCCGCGGAUCUGGCCACGCCCGCGACGCUGGCCACCCUCCAGGGGGUUUACGGAGGGUUGCAUUAUGGCGUGGGCCGGGGCGUUGGAAGCCUCCUGGGCGGCUUCCUGAUGAAACCCUUGGGCGUAAGGGAUACCUUCAGGCUGACGGGCGCCAUUUCCCUCGUGGGCGGCGUCGUCUACUUCGUCGUCAACAAGAUCUACUUCCAGAGGUUCCAGGACGAGAGGGAGAGGGUCCAGGAGGCGGAAAAGAAGGCAAAGGAGGCGGAGAAGGGGAAUAUUAAGAAAGAAGGAGAGAAAAUGGAAGAGGAGACGAAGAAGAAGACGACGGAGAUGAUAGAAAACGGAGCCGCGACUCCGGAGGGAUUCAAUGGCGACGGGAGACUCAACGAAAAUUCCGAGGUCGAUCAAACCAAAGAAGGAGGUUCUUCCGUCGCGCCAGCGCAUAGUAAUGCCGCCUAUGUCAAAGACGAAUGAUAGAUUGAUAUAUUCUUAAUUUAUUUCACAUCCAGGGGGCGUCGGGGGACCAGCUUUUACCUGCCACGCCCACCCCUUUUUUUUGGGGGUGAUUCGUAGGAGCCGGAAAUGUGAUAAGUGGUGCUGCUAGUCUUAUAGACAUAUGCUAGAAGGUUUUUGAGGAAUCUGUAAAAAUAAUUAUGGCAAAAAUGGCGAUUAUAGACUUCCCAUUGUCGUGGAGACCGGUUAUACAGGCUUGAUUGGCCACUAUAGACACUCGUAUACUUAUUUAAAAGCAACAUAUAGGCCUAUAUAUGUCUUGUCUUCCAAUACUUAACUGUUUUGUAGGCCCAUUUGCCUCAAUUCUCCUAAUAAACAAAACUGUUUUGAAUCCCUUUCUUGGGUUAGAUUCACAAAUGUAUAAAGAACGUUACCAAUUCCAAUAGAUUACGUGUAUGAUGUAAUAGAGUAUAGGCCUACUCCUCGUUGUUAUAGGCCUAGCGAGACGUUUUCUGUUACCAAUUUCAAAAGGAAAUUACUCUCUUUCUUUAUUAUACUUCUACUCUUUUAGGCCUAAUUAAUACUCCGUGACUUGUUGAAAAGACGUAGUAUAUAGAUUUUUUUAUAAGUCCCAGACAGACAA